ACACACACAGACACACACACAGACACACACACAGACACAGACACAGUGUCUCUGCUGUGACUGUGUCUCACUUCAGAUGCUCAGACUCAGAGAAUUAAAAAUGCGCUCCUCCGCCUUGUCACCACUGUUGUGCGCAUUUCCUUGACGAGCCCGUGUUCCCACAGCAUGGUGCUCGGACUCAGUGGCUCGAGUCUUCAUACAUAACCAUUAUACAGGUCUACCGGACGCGUAAUUAACGCAGCAGAACACACAGACGCACCGCACCGCACCGCACCUGUUACCACCUUCGCAGAGAGAAGAUGCAGGAGACGGGCAGCACCCAUCGAGGCUCUCAGCGGGUCUUCAGCGUCCUGGAUCGUCUGCUAAUCACACAUCCUGUGUGGCUGCAGCUGUCGUUCAGCCAGGACUCUGCCCUCUAUAGACUGCUCAGAGAGCCGGUUGGGACCUUUUUGGUGCGUAAAUGCAGCUCCAGCCAGAGGAAGGUGUUGUGUUUGAGAGUGACGGCGGACAAAAGUGCCUCGUCUGUUAAGGAGUGCUUCAUCUGUGAGGAGGACUCCACAUUCGCCUUGGACAGCUCAGCGCUCACCUUCCCUGACCUGUGUCGACUGGUGGCCUUCUACUGUAUCAGCAGAGAUGUGUUGCCCUUCCCGCUUCAGCUACCAGAGGCCAUCGCUAAAGCCACAACACACAGGCAGCUGGAGGCCAUCUCACACAUGGGACAAGACUUCUGGAGCACACCGACUGCUUCAGAGAUCCAAAACGGACCGUUGGACCCGGUUGCAUCAACCAGCGGCAGCCAGGGUCCUGUGACCCAGGAGCGAUAUGCCCUGCUGACCCGAGGUAGACCAGGCAAAAUCUGCUUCAUCAAUCCACUCUUCCUUCAGCUGGAGUUCAGCAUGCAGCCACAACUCAUUAACCACAGUGCCUCCAAUAAACGGCACCGCUUCAAGCGAAGCAUGCGGCUCCGGCUCUCCGAGUCCUCCAUGAAUCUGUCCCUGGAAGGGGUCGGCUCUUACUCGCCUCCCUCGUCGUUGGAGCAGCCCGGCGGCUUGGAGAGGCUGCAGAAGGCCGGCAGUAACCCGCAGAGGAGAGUUCACCCCGGGGCGGGGGUCCUGAGGAGAACCCCCGCUGUAUCGCCGGGUUCUGCAGAGGAAGAGGAGAUGAUACCUGUCUACGUGCCACAAACUUCUGCACAGGUGGAGCAGCCUCCACAGCCCCAGCAGUCCGCCCGAGCAGACGAGCAAGGCAUCCAGGUGGCCGUUCUGAACCUGGAGCGCCGCCCGGCACCGUCCCUGGCUGAGCUCGACAGCAGCAGCUCUUUCAGCAGCAUGGACGAGGACAAUGACUCGGAUUCAGAUCCAGAAAGCACGACCGAGGCCCAAACUCGCUUCUACCAGCGGCCGCCGCUCGAGCGCUCUCGAGGCCGCGGCGGGCUGCACCGCAUGAGCGAGGCCUUCGUGUGUUUCUUUGCUCCGGACAAGCGGCUCACGCGGCUGGUGGAGGAGCUGUCCAGAGACAGGCGCUCCAUGUUUGGGGGCAUGGUUCAGGACUUUGUCCUGGAACAGAGAGAGGCGCUCAAAUCCUUGGCUUCCUCCUCUUCAUCCUCUUCCUCGUCACGUGUGACCUCUGUGCAGCUCCUGCAGGGUCUGCGCCUCUUUCUGUCCCAGGCAAAGUGCUGCCUGCUGGACAGCGGAGAGCUGGAGCCUCCCAUUGAAACGCUGGUGCCGGAGAACGAGAAAGACCUGGCGCUGGAGCGGGCCAUGUUCUCCUGCGUGCUCCGGCCUUUGAGGUCCCACCUCGAAAAGGCUCUGGUUGCGUCGCACAAUCAGGACGGCACCAGCCAGCGCCUCACCCAGAACAUGAUCCGCCUGAAGGGGGACGCCGCCAUGGAGCAGCUGGGCGUGCGGACGGGCGUCCCCGACAGCCGCGAGGUGGAGAGGGUGAAGCAGAAGCUGCUCCUGAUGCAGAGGACGCACUCGCCCAUCGACAAGGUGCUGCUGCUGCUGCAGGUGUGCAAGUGCGUCCACAAGGCCAUGGGAUCCUUGCAAGGACAGGAAGUGAGCUGGGAGGACUUCCUGCCGUCGUUGUCCUACGUGAUUGUGGAGUGUAACAGGCCUCACAUCCUGAUAGAGGUGGAGUACAUGAUGGAGCUGCUGGAGCCGUCCUGGCUCGGAGGAGAGGGUGGGUACUACCUGACCAGUGUGUACGCCAGCCUGUGUCUGAUCCAGAGCCUGGACCAGGAGCAGCCGUUCUCCGGCUGCCUGACGCCAGAGGCCCAGGAGGCGCUGAAGGAGUGGAGCUGCAGACGGAGCCAAGAGGCCCAGAGACAGAAGGAGAACCAGCAGAGCCAGAGGUGCGUUCGGAUACUGUUCCAGGACGGGGAGCGGAGCGCCGUGCGGACGUUGCAGUGGAGAGCCGGGGAGACCAGCCAGGCCCUGGCGCAGCUGUGCGCCGCCACCUUCGGAGUGUCCGACCCGCAGCAAUACACCCUGUACUGGCGCAGCGGCGGCGAGAUGCGCACCCUGCCGCCUCAGGCCCAGCCCCAGGACCUGGCCAGCCACAGCGAGGGAGGCCCCUCGCUCUCCUACCUGAGGACCGACCACGACUUCAGCAAGAUGCGGCGGCUCACCAGAGGUGGCGCCGUGGACCUGAGCGAGUCGGUGUGUGAGGAGUGAGUGGGAGGGAUGGAGGAAGGAGGGAGGAGGAGGAGGAGGAGAUGGAUGGUUGCUCUGGCUUUCUCUCUCUUUCUCUUGUUCUGUCUCUUUCUCUCCCGGCGGUGUGUUGUGUCUCGUCGUGGGUAAGGACUUCUCCAGACCAGGAGCAGACCUUUAACGGUAAACUCUUUUCCUAAAACGGACCAACACGCAGAGCACAGCAGGACCAACAUAGGGACUGUUGCCAAAAGUUGUACCACUCAGUGUGGCUGCUGGUGUAAAGGAGUGUACUACUAUUUGUGUGACAUGGAAAAUGUGUAAUAAAUGGCUUUGGUUGUUAUUUGAAACAUGAACCCAGAGUUAUACCGUGAAGGGAUUACAUCAUUCAAACGUGAGGAGGCUCAAAUCCAAAGACAAAUUCUGUGAGACUACUGUUGCCUGGAAACAAAAAGCACUUCCUGUACGCACACGAGAAGGCAAAUUGUCCGCCGUGGUGAUGUAACCCCUUUCACAGUAUAGUUCUGGGCAAAAAUCUAAAAAGACACUUGGAUGUUUUAUUACUUCACUCUUUAUGUUGGAUGGAGCCGCGUUGUUAAAGGGUUUUUCUGUGCCCCCUGGAAUACAGUUUGACAAAAAAAGGUGAGAUGUGUUAUAGCCAAGACCAAACCUCAAUACCAAAGUGACAAAAAAAAAAACAGAUAAAGAGAGGUAAUUUUGUGAUACAACAGGUGUUUACUUUGAAGGAAAUCAGGUUUACAAGCUGGAGGGAAGCUUUAAAUCAGCUGUUUAUUUUUAGAAUCACCCACAGAGACAAUUUUAUUUUUUGCUUUUUUGAGAAAAAGAGCGUAUUCUAUUAAGUGUUUUUGGCAGGUGGAGUAAUAGGCGAGUAGGAGGGAGGUGAUAGAAAAGCAUCAGCUCUCUGUUUUUAAACCAUGUGAGGAAAAAAAAAAAAAGAACACCC